AUUAAAACAAAAUGUCAAAGUCAUCAAAAUAAAUAGGAACAAAAAGGAAAAAGUGAUAAAUUUAUUUAGUAUUUUGUGUUUAUCAGACGUAAAAUGCAGUGUUCUCGAUUUCGUUAAUGUGAUAUAGCAAAAACUAUGGCCCUCAAUGUAGAAAGUUGUGAUAGCCUGCCUCCUGAUGAAGAGCCCAAACUCAAAUACGAUAGAAUGGGCAACGAUGUUCAGAAUAUCCUCAUGAAAGAUGCCGUGAGCUGUAUCUGCGUGCACACGAAGUUUAUUUGCCUGGGCACCCAGUGGGGGGUGAUUCACUUGCUGGACCACGAAGGUAACACGGUGCCCAUCUCCCAGGACGGGAAGGACAUGGAGCUGCAGGCUCACGCGAUCGCAGUCAACAAGAUCUCCGUGGACGUGAACGGGGAUUACAUCGCGAGCUGCUCCGACGACGGCAAAGUGCUCGUCUACGGCCUGUACUCCAACGACAACACUCACAGCCUGUCACUGAGCAGGGUAGUGAAGUCUGUGGCCCUAGACCCCUAUUACUUCAAGUCUGGUUCUGGGCGAAGGUUCCUGACAGGUGACAAUAAGUUGACACUGUAUGAGAAGACCUUUUUGAAUCGCCUACGAAGUACAGUCCUGUGUGAAUGUGAAGGAUACGUCCAGGCCAUGGCCUGGCACGACCGGUUCGUUGCCUGGGCCAGUGAAGUCGGAGUAAGAGUUUACGAUCUGGUGGCAAGGUGUUCUCUUGGCCUUAUUCAAUGGGAAAAAAGCCCAAAUAGGACCAUUGAAGAUUACCGAUGUAACCUCCUAUGGUCAGCUCCCAAAACAUUAAUGAUUGGCUGGGUAGACACCAUCAGAAUAUGUGUUAUAAGAAAAAGAAGUCAGUUGGAACUGCAAACAAGAGAUGUGACGGAAUAUCUUGUGGAUCCAGUACACACAUUUCAGACUGACUACUUCAUUAGUGGUCUGGGACCACUGGAUGACCAACUUGUAUUACUAGGAGUGCCAAAAGAAUGUGAUCCCAAAACCAAAAAAGCCCAAAGACCUGUAUUAUCAGUAGCAGAUUACAGAGACUGUGAGUUUUGUGAAGUAUCCACUGAUAGUUUGAACAUACGAGGCUAUGAAGAAUAUUCCUGCAAUGACUAUUACUUAGAUAUGCUCAUUGAAGAAAACAGGUUCUUUAUUGUCUCACCAAAAGACAUAGUGAUUGCCAGCCCAUAUGACAUUGAUGACAGGGUGAACUGGCUGACUGAGCAUGGCAGGUUUGAGAAAGCUAUCACAGUUCUAGAAGAAGUUGGUGGGAAGACUUCCAAGCACUCAGUGGUCAAGGUUGGUGAGCAAUACCUGGACCACUUACUAUCUGAGCAUUUGUUUGAAGAAGCUGCCAUAUUGUGUGCUAGAAUUUGCAAGUCAGAUAAAUCGCUUUGGGAAUCUCAAUUGAUGAAGUUUGCAGAAGUCAAUCAACUUAGAACCAUCAGUCCUUAUGUGCCUAAGAACCCAGAGCAAGCUUUGAGUAAACACAUCUAUGAACUCAUAUUCUAUGAAUAUUUGAAAGUGGAUCCCCCUGGAUUCCUUAAACUGGUUAAAGAAUGGAAUCCAGAACUGUAUAAUACUAGUGUGAUAAUCAAGACUGUACUUGACCAUAUACUGUGGUUGAAAGAAACAAAUGCUCCAGAGUCUGACAAAAAUAUUUAUUUAGAAGCUUUGGCUUUACUUUACUGCUAUCAGAAAAAGUAUGACAAAGCACUGAACACAUACCUCAAACUGCAACACAAAGAUGUAUUCACAUUGAUAACCAAACACAAUAUGUAUGAUGUUAUCCAUGAUAAAAUCCUUGAUUUGAUGACUCUAGACUGUGAUAAAGCCAUUUCCGUUCUUCUGGACAAGACCGUCGUGUCCCUACAGCUGCAGGUGCCGGUGGAGGUGGUGGAGCGGCAGCUGGACAGCCACGACAUGUUCCUCUACAAGUACUUGGACGCCUACAGCAAGAUUGAGCCCAACGGGAGGUAUCAUGGGAAAUUAGUGAGGCUGUAUGCUAAAUACGCAAGAAAUAAACUUUUGCCAUUCUUGAAAUGCAGCGACAGUUAUCCGAUACAAGAGGCACUAGAUGUUUGUCAGAGUAACAAUUUUUAUCCAGAAAUGGUUUUCCUUCUGGGUCGUAUUGGGAAUACUAGAGAAGCUUUGCAAAUAAUAAUAGAGCAGUUGAAUGAUAUAAACCAGGCCAUAAACUUCUGUCAAGAGCAUAAUGAUAAGGAGCUGUGGACUGAUCUUAUCAAACAAACGGUGAACAAGCCAGAAUAUGUUACAUUACUCUUAAAGAGGAUAGGAAAUUAUGUUGACCCUAGAAUGCUAAUACAAAAUAUACAGCCGGGGUGUGAAAUAAAAGACUUAAAGGAGUCCCUUGCGAAAAUGAUGUGUGACUACCAUCUUCAACUCUCAGUACAGGACGCUUGCAAGAUUAUUACCCUGAGAAAUUACUUUGACUUGCAUGAAAAGUUGAUCAUAGGCCAACAGAGAGGUAUAUCUGUCACAGAUGACUUCUUGUGCUGCGUGUGUCAAGGCCGUAUCAUCAUAAAAGACUUGUCGAAUGCUUCCGACUUGAAGGUGUAUAAUUGCCGACAUUCGUUCCACAUAGAGUGCCUCCCUGACGGUGUGCAGUGCAACACUUGCACUGUGUGCAGUGCCGUCAAAAUGUGACACUUUCUAGCAAUAUUUUAUAAAGCUCAACUCAUCAUUGUAUGCAUAGAAUUAGAUAGUAACUGUAUAUAAUUCUAAACAAUAUUUUUCCAUGUAAACAAUAAAUACCUAUACAUAAUAUAAUAAGCAAUGUUAAUAUUCUAUUCUGUAUGUAUUAAUCAGCAGCCAAUUAUUAUUGUUCUUUUUAUGUUAUCACUUUGUGGUGCUUUUGUAAUGAAGUGGCUUGUAUUAUUUUCCUGGUAAUAUCAUUAAAACCCUAUAAUAAUUUA